AUGGAAGACGAUGACGUCCAUGUACCUCAUUUGCAUAACAGAUUGAAACAUCAAAACCAAGCCAUUUUGACCACCUAUGAUGAUUGGAGGAUUAUUCUAACAAACAGUAUAGCACAAGACGUGCUUGUCAGUCAUUUACAUGACAAGAUGAAUGAAGAGGAACACAUGUUACUUGUAGGCAAAUCCGUAAUGGAUCUGAUUGAGCCAUUUUACCAAAACAGGUUAAAAAGCAUGAUUGUGAAACGAAAGAAUGAGUUGAUUCACUUUGAUAAUACAGGUGGUAUGGUACUUGUUUGUGGCAACGUGAUUCCUAUUAUAAAGUUAGAUGGUACAAAAUCUUCGGCUUCUCUUUGGCUUAAAGAAAAAAUUAACGAAUCGGGAACUUCUGUAUUCAUUUGGAUUUUUGAAGAAGUCUAUGAAAAUCAAGAAAGUGUGACAGACUUGUACGAUUAUAAUGCAAAAGAAUUGUUAGGGCAACCAUUGACAAUCCUUGUACCCUCUAUUGGGCUUUCUGAUUGGCAAGAAGAAAUCAGUCGACUGAGAUUUUAUGGUAGUGUAACCAAAAAACAGGCACAAUUUCCUAUAAUUGUUCGCCGACAAGAAAACACAGUCCGCAUCACGUCUAUGCCAGUGAUCGCUGGUCUGAUGACCAUCAACGGAAACGGCACCAUUGAAGGGUGCAACGAUAUAUUUGUAAAAUAUUUACUCGGCUUUUCUCAACAGGACCUUUUGCACAAAAAUAUUUCUCAAAUUUUACCGCAGUUUCCGAAUUUACUUGCAAAUUUAAAACGAGACGAUUUAUUGCAACCUGGUUUAAUCAUCAACAAUAUUAUCUGUAGAAAGCUACUCAUUCAAGAAGACUCCGUCAUGAUGGUCAAUCAUAACAAGCGUUUAUUAACACACACACCCAAUAACCAACCUUUACCUGUUCUGCUUGCUAUACAUAGAGAUGGUACUCCCCUAGAAGUUCAAUUACAACUGAAAUUGGUCGAUACAGAUGAUGAUGGAGAAGAGUUUGCGCUUUGGAUUUCGUUUGAUAGAGAGACUGUAUUUAAACGUUAUGGACAUCAUCAUCUUAUUUCUACUCCUUUAAUGCAUCCACCACUUUCUUCUUCGCCUGAGCAAUACAGAUCGCCAAAGGUCACAAGCACAACUCGUGAUCUUUCUCUCAAUAAGAAGAAAUUCAGCCCUGUUAGUGAACAAAAAGAAGAAAUAAAUUAUUCUGCACAAACAAAAUCUACUACCAUUGACGAUUACAUUAUUCUCGACAGUCUCGGCCAAGGAGCUUACGGAUUAGUGAAAUUAGCAAUCAGAAAAGAUGAUCCAAGUCAGACAAAAGUUGUGAUCAAGUAUGUUAUCAAAUCGCGUAUACUGGUAGACUGUUGGACAAGAGACCGGAAACUCGGAACGGUGCCCGUUGAAAUUCAUAUAUUAAAUACACUCAGAAAGACACCGCACGAAAAUUUAGGUGAUAUGCUGGAUUAUUUUGAAGAUGUAGAUAAUUAUUAUAUCGUCAUGGGAUUACAUGGAGCAGGCAUGGACUUAUUUGACUAUAUCGAGCUAAAUAAUCAUAUCGAGGAAACCGAGAUAUGUCGCAUGUUUAAACAAAUCGCAUUAGGAGUGAAGCAUCUACACGAUAACAAGAUUGUACAUCGAGAUAUCAAGGAUGAAAACGUGGUACUAGACCACCAAAAUGGCGGGCUCAGAUUAAUCGAUUUCGGUAGUGCUGCUUAUUUAAAGCCAGGCAGAAAAUAUGAAACUUUUGUGGGUACUUUGGAUUAUGCUGCUCCAGAAAUUCUACGCGGGCAUACUUAUUCUGGGAAACCCCAGGAUGUAUGGGCUUUAGGCAUAUUGCUAUUUACUCUUGUCUAUCGGGAAAAUCCCUUUUAUGAUAUUGAUGAGAUUAUGGGAGGAGAACUACGAAUCCCCUAUGUUUUAUCAGAAGGCUCAGUUGAUCUUAUCAGUAAAAUGUUGGAACGUGAUGUCGAUAAACGAAUCGACAUUCACGAAGUGCUGGCACAUCCGUGGUUAAAUUAA